AUGGACAAGAGAGUGACAAGUCUCGUCAUCGUGGCUACUCUAAUGCUGUUGAUGGUGCCAUUGGUUCUCUUUCUUUUGGGAAAGGACAGAUACAGCUUCACCAUAACACAAAUGGAUAUUCCCAACGAUACACAACUCAACUUCUUCUCCAAAAAUAGUCGCGCGUGUGAGGAACUCAAAAAGAUUGGAAAGAGUGAAAGAUUUUCAGUUCAUUGCAACGGAGUUGUUGACGCUCCACUUCCCGGCAAUUACAACAUCGUUUUUAAUGAAGAAACGUUGUCACCAAUGCUCCACGUAGACUCGACAAGAACUUUAGUGUUCGACUCAAAUAAAGUCGAUGUGUUGCUGCGAUUACUCCAAAAAAUGUUUCCGGUAUAUCAGCCCAAAGUCAUUCACUCGAGGGAGGUCAACAAUUGGUGUUUUACGAUGUCUUCGAACACUCAAAUUGAACAAGGCAACAUCACUAAAGUGAUUCAAAAGCUUCAAGAAUUUUUCCCACUUCAUUACCGAUUCUCCGAAUUGACAGACAAGCAACACUCAUCCGAGCUUGAAUACCCCGACAUGAAUUGUCUCUACAGAUUCUCAUUAGAACUUUCGAAUGAACAAAGUGAUCUUGAGAUUGAGAAUUAUAAAGGGAAAGGACCACUGAAUGAGCCUGAAAAGAGUUUGAUUGGGUAUUUCCGAUAUAUCUUCGAAAUCCCAAGUCUUUCGGGCGAGACGGUCACUCUCAACUACAGCAAAUCGUCUGGAUUUCUGAGUUUCGAGAUGGACAAUAUAUUGCGCCAGCUCUCCAUUGAACAAGUGACAACCUCUAUCUCACUCAUCAAAUCAUUUGUGGAGAUUACAAGCGAGGAAAAGUUUGUGCCAAUACCUCAAAGUUUGGCAGUUAAGGCGAGUGAUGUGUCGGAACGAGUGGCACGGAUAACAGCGGAAAAAGACUUGAAAACCAAAUUUGAGUUGUCCCAAGAGUUGGUCAAAGACGCACACUCCGUCGCUUACUCUGAGGAUUUCUUCGCAAUUCUUUUCUUCCCCAUUGAACACAAAAUAGCCUGCUUACUCCCACUUUUCGGCCCAGUUACUCUUCUUUUUGCAAAGACAUUGUUCCAGACUUAUACUUAA